GCGUAUAUAUGUAUCAGUAUGUAUCGCUUUGACUACUUUGAACUACGAUGACCCCAACCAUUGUACAAUUUACGCCUCUUCCGUCGCUAACACAUCCUUCCUUUUGGCACAAACUGACCGAACAUAAGCUGGAUGUACUCAAGCUCAGCGACGCUGGUGUCGAUAUCACUGCAACUUACCGCGUUGGUAGGCUGAUUGAAGAUCGCGAAGGUGGUCCCGGUGCAUUUGUUGGUGUUGGAGGGAGUCUUGGAGUUGAGGAAGAGAGCUUUGGUCAAGGGCAUUCGUCUCCUGCAAUAGGCUCAGCAGUUGCGAAAGGUGUCGUAAAGAACUAUAACACUAUUGAGGAUUUCAAGGCUGCGGACAAGUCGAAAUUAUUCAACGAAGCAGCGGACAAGAUCUGGACAUCGAUCCAAACAGCGCGUUCUACUACACUGCUUAAUUCGUUUCUCCUCAUUACCUAUGCCGAUCUGAAGAAAUAUAGGUAUUACUACUGGUUGGAUCAGCGCAGGAACAGCUGAAUCAACGUAUUCCAAGGAGCAGAUGAAGGUCAUCUAUGAUCAACUGCAUUCACUGGAGCAACAAUCCGCGUACUUC